GUCGGUCAUCGAGGAUUCUUGCACUAUAACCAUGAUGACAUUGGCAUCGAACUCUUUCUCGGAUUGGGGAAGGGAUCAGUAUUAUAGGGGGAGAUCAUCAUACAAGGACAUCCACAACGACAUGGCGCAGGGAUUCAAUCUAUCCUAUCGGAGUUCGUCAAGUGGAAUAUCUUGGUUUUGCUUCUGCGGUUUCAACUACCGGGGAAGGUGCAGUGAACAUAACUCUAGUAAGCGACUUUCGCUUUAGCUUUUCUUCGCUCCUUCCUCCUCUUCUUAAAUGCCCGCUCUGUCAAGAUAUCUUAUCAAAAUUUACUUAUCGAGUAACACGGCAAGUUUCAGUUGGAUAAUCAUCAUAUGUGAGACUCACACAUUGCCUUGCUAAUUUCUUUGAAUACCCAAUAAAAAAAAUUGCCACAUCACUGAAAUAAAAAAGUUCAAUAAGAUUUCCGAAUAGAUUUAGUAUGCAUCUCUCUUUUAUUGUUCUCUAACCCAUGGAGCUUUUCUGAAUUUGAUUACUUUAUUUUUUAUUAGGGAAAAAUGUUUGAUUACAUAGUACGUUGUGUCACUUUCAUGGUGGGUAUUACUAUGCAGGAGAAUAAAUUGUGCAUAUAUUAGAUGAUAUUUGUAAAUCAGAAUUACACACGAGUGACUGGCAAACGUAAUCAUUUGGUAUAUUUAGGGAACAAAAGCGAAAUCAUCUUUCUUCAAUAAAAAUGAUCACGCUAUGAUAACAUGGAUUCCUUGAGUAUAUGAAUAAAGUUGGAUCUAGAUGCCAUAAGGGAGAGUGAAACUCAGUCACUCUUCUUUGUUCUAGACUUCUCCAUUUGCAACUUUAAUAAAUAAAAGUCCGUCAUUGCACUUUGCAGUGAUUGUAUCAAUUCUUUUUUUUUUAUUUGGUCAUAGCUUAACGUGUACUAUUUUUAUACUUUACCGCCAAAAUAAUAAUUUAGGUCUCCAUCGAUUGAUUGUUAAUGCUUAUUAAUCAUUUUCAGUCAUCUCUAAACAAAUUCUCUUGCUUGCUACAGAUACUUCUACUAUGGUGGCGAUAGUUGCGAGAUAUGCACUUCCUUAUGUCCCCUUUUUCUUAGCCCAGUUCCUUGCGGCAAAAUUCAUACUCGGAGCUCCAUGUGUAUUGAUAUUUUUAGUCUAUAAGUGGAUGAGAAGGCACCAAGCAAUGGAUGGAAAGAUUGAAGAAUUCCUACAAGCUCAUAAUAACUUUUUGCCCAUAAGGUACUCUUACUCGGACAUCAAGAAAAUCACAAAAAAUUUCAAACACAAAUUAGGUGAAGGAGGAUAUGGCUCUGUGUAUAAAGGAAUACUUAGAAGUGGCAAUGAAGUUGCUGUUAAGAUUUUGAACAAACCAAAAUCUAAUGGCCAAGAUUUUAUAAGUGAAGUGGCUACUAUUGGAAGAAUCCACCAUGUUAACGUGGUGGAACUUGUUGGUUUUUGCUUCAACAACUCUAAGCAAGCUCUCGUGUACGAUUUCAUGUCAAACGGAUCUUUGGAUAAACACAUUUUCUCUAAAGAUGACGACAAUUCUCUUGACUAUCAGAAAAUAUAUGAGAUCUCUCGGGGUGGCCAGGGCAUCGAAUAUUUACAUCGGGGGUGCGACAUGCAAAUUCUACACUUCGACAUCAAGCCUCACAAUAUUCUUCUAGAUAAAAAUUUCACCCCAAAAGUUUCUGACUUUGGGCUUGCAAGACUUUAUCCUAUGGAUCAUAGCAUAAUAUCGUUGACUGCAGCAAGAGGAACUUUGGGAUAUAUGGCUCCCGAGCUAUUCUACAAGGACAUUGGUGGUGUCUCAUAUAAAGCUGAUGUUUAUAGUUUUGGGAUGUUGCUAAUGGAAAUGGCUAGUCGGAGGAAAAAUGCAAAGGCGAAUGUUGAACGUUCAAGUCAAAUUUAUUUCCCUUUGUGGGUCUAUGAUCAACUUAGCAGAAAAAACGAGAUUGAAAUAGAAGAAGUAGAAUGGGACAUGGAGAUAAUGAGGAAGAUGGUAAUAGUUGCCCUUUGGUGUAUACAGUUAAUCCCCAACGAUCGGCCAUCAAUGAGCCGGGUCCUAAACAUGCUUGAAGGAGAUAUCGAUAAGCUUCAACUCCCUCCUAAGCCACUUCUAUAUCCGUCUGAGAAGCCAUUUGAUGAUGUGGAUGCUGAAAUAGAACUUGAAUCAUUCCCAACUACAUCAAGUGCCCCAACAAUUUCUGAAGCAUACCAAUUUCAAAAUAGCAACGAGAUUCCACAAUCGCACAUUGUAUGAUUUUCUUUUCUUUCCGGUUUGAAUGAACGCCAAAUAAAGUUAGUUCCAUCCGAAGCAUAAUUGACUACGUAAAAUCGUGAUUUUAGCGUUUGUAGCAUCCUUUGUUUUGCAGAAGAAUUGCCUCUUUGGCUAUCUGUUUUCAUCUCUUGUUUCCUGACAUUUCAGAUCAAGCUCGACUUGUAUAAUGGAAUGAAUCUCUCUCUC